AUGUUGAACGAAUUUGGACCGAGUGAUGUGCGCCGGGCUAGCGUUCCUCGUCGAAAGUCGAUUGCGGGAUGUGCUGCUACCGUAAUGCAAUUGAUCCGUACGAACGGUCCCCGGAAACCAUCUGUGAGUGAAACCAUCAAGCAUCAGAAUGGAACCACAAUCUCGAAUGAAGAACGCAUCGACCUGUAUGCUGAAUACUUCGAACAACAACUGUCAUGGCCACCAGCGGGCAUUCACCUAAAGCCCAGAGGUGAAGUAGAACCCUGGACGGUGAACGUGGAACCACCUACGGCCUCGGAGGUGGUGACAUCGAUUAGCAGUCUCUUCACCAGGCGUAGUGGGGAUCACGCGGUCCCCAUCCUGGAAGGCGAGUAG